AUGGGCUGUAUUCGACCAGCUACCCCAGGAUUCAUCUGCACCUUAACGGCAACGGUAUUGCUUGCCAUUGUCUCCUUCUGCGUUCCUUACUUCAAAUCGGUUUACUUUCUCAAAGCUAGUACAACCGAUGGCUCAAUCACCUUUGGAACUCUAGGAUAUUGUCUUGAGUUGUCGAAUGGUACAACCUGCUCAAGUCCUUCUGUUGGAUACGAGCUCGACAUAAACAGCCUUGUAGGAGAUGAUACUUCCUUUCAGAUUCCACAGGUUGCAGUCAAAUGGAUUACAUAUGCACUCGUUCUUCAUAUCGUCGCUCUUGCGCUUGCGGCUGGCUCUGCUGUAUUCGGUCUUCUUGCCCAUGUUCGUGAGAUGUCUAUGAGUUGCUGUAGCACCUGUGUGUCAGGCUUCGCGGCUGCUGUUGCACUCUUGGCUUUCAUCUUUGAUCUCGCUCUUUUCUUCACCGCAAAAUCUCGUAUCAACUCCGUAGGGAGUGCCAGCAUGGGGAACGCCAUAUGGCUUACAUUAGCUGCGUGGGUACUCCUGUUCUUCAGUGGAUGCAUGUACACUCUUGGGCGUUGUUGUAUUAGCAACCGUAGUCCACGAAACAAGGACUGGAACAAGGAUAGUGAAAGGGCACCCGUUCCCGCUGCUGGUAACGGAUACAACGACUAUGCCGAGCAGAUGAGAAUGGAUGCGGUCAAGGCCGAAGCUGACAGGAAGGCUCAUCAGAAAGAGGUUGGGUUGCCUGCAUUCUCGGAGACUCAACCUCUUACCGCUCGAGUUGACGGCGAUAAUGUUUACGCCGAACCCUAUGAAGAUCGCAGCCCUCUUCCUACUACUCAGCCUGGAUACGGCAGGCAAACAACUCCAGGCGCUAGUUACACAGGCGGAGGCUACGUUCAGGCUCCAGUAGGCACCCGCGCCGUGGACGAAUAUUACAAUCCUACCCGCGACAAUUACACUGCUGCUGCUAUGGCGCCCAAUUCCUACCCUCCUCAACCAAACCCGCAAAGGCAAGGUAGUUCGCAUACUUAUGCGCCUUCCAACUAUGCACCUUCUGCAUACAGCAAUGGGCCUUCUCGUAUCACCUCUCCGUCUAACAAUAGCCAAUUCCUUGCACCCGCAUUUGCUCAUGAUCGUGCUUCAUCGGCUGCAUCAGCCCAAAAUUACGGUCACACAGCUGGCGGCACCACUUACCAUUCCGCACACGAGCAGUACCCCAGUGGUUAUUCACAAUAUGAACAGCCCCAGACCGACCCAUAUGGCGCGAAUCAACCAAACUACAACCAGCCCGCCUACUAUGCUAACACAGCUCCUGAUCGCAGUUAUGCCACUGGAUACGGCGCAAAUUCUGUACCGCCACUCCCAGAACGCUCGGGCUCCGUCCCUGCGUUACCAGAGCAUCCCCCGACAGCAGGAUAUGUUCCUUACUCCACUGGUACUCCUUCGACAUCAUUGCCUGGGGCUAUCCCAGGACCACAACGUACAACAUCGCCACAACAAUACGAGGAUAGCCCACCUAUGUACGAUGCAGGAACUGGUCAAGUAACCGGUUCAUGGGGUAAAAGCUGA